AUGGACGUCUUGAUUUUGUUGGUCUUGGUUUUCUUUAUCCCGCUAGUCUUUUUCAUAGCCUGGCUGGCCGUGUCAUCAUGUCUUGGAGACAACUUCCGAGCAAGAAUAGCUGGUGUCUCUGUUAAUUCACGUCAUCCUUCAUUUGGUCGGAGCUAUGCCAGAACUCUGGGAUCUGGUGCGGCCCAAUCUGGCUGGGAACAGAUUGAAAUGGAAGACAUGUUUGACCAUACUCAUGAAGAGGACGAUGAUCUAUGA